GAGCUCCAACGAGAAGGGGCGGGCCUUGGAAUCGGCCUCCGCCUCAGCACCGGGGUGAGGGAGCGAAGGAAACGUCGCCGAUCUUGUUGCGUCCCGUCCCGCCCGAGCUCUUUUCUUCGGGGGAGGGAGGGGUCAUGGCGGGCAGCCUGAGGCAAUUCGCCUUCGUGGGCACUGCGGUUGCCGUCACCGGUGGGGUCGCCUACGCUCUUUGGCGCAAUUACCAAUCCUCCCAAGAGCCUCCGGGACGCGAAGAUCAGCAGUCUCGGCUCCGGCUCGGGGUGCAAGAAGGGGACACAGGCCCGCCGGCGGCACAGGAUAAACCAUCUAACAAGCAAAUCUUGGUUCUAGGCUUAGAUGGGGCUGGAAAAACCAGUGUUCUCUAUUCACUAGCAACUAACCACGUAAAGCGCAACACAGUUCCCACCAAAGGUUUCAAUGCAGUGUGUGUAAACACAGAAGAAACAAAGAUGGAAUUCCUGGAAAUUGGGGGCAGUGAGUCUUUAAGAGAGUAUUGGAAGAUGUAUAUGCCGAGAGUCCUGCUACUGAUCUAUGUUGUAGACUCAGCAGAUCACGAACGUUUCCCAGUUGCAAAAACACUUCUUCAUCAGUUGGUCCAGAAUAAUUCUACAUUGCCAGUAAUGAUUCUAGCCAAUAAGCAGGAUCUUGCAGGCGCAUGUUGUAUUACAGACAUUCAUGACGCUUUGGCUUUAUCUGAAAUUGGAGAUGAAAGGAAGAUAUUUCUGAUUGGUACACAUGUGGCAAAGGAGGGCUUAGAGAUCUCUUCCAGCUUGAAAGAUACCCGGGAACUGAUUACGCAGCUGGUGUCAGAAAUUCUGUGAUAAUGAGAUGGAACGGAAUGCCAUAAUAGGACAUGCAGCAGGAACUAUGAAUAGCAUCUCUUCAAAUCCUGGUGCCAAUCAAACCCCAGAUACAGAAUUGCUAUGAACAUGAUUUUGAAAUGGAAAGAAAUUGUGUUUUGUUUAGAAGUGCUUUAGCAGAAAAGAAGGCCAGUACGCACUGAGAGCCCAACAUUUCUACAUAUAAUAUGUAUUUCUCUGAAACAUUUCUUUUUCUAGGUUGUUUCAUAUUUGAUCACUCCUUCAAUUUAAAUGAUAUUUCUGUGUCAGCUUUCCUUUUUUUAAAAAAAAAAAACCUAUUGUGUAGACUUCAGAGGAGGCCAAAGUUGUUAGCCUGGCUAAAUACUGAUUUUCUCUUAUAUACAGGGCAUAGAGAAAAGAUUAUACCUUAUGAGUGUUUUAGGGACUAGAUCAGGGGUCUUCAAACUUGACAGCUUUAAGACUUGUGGACUUCAACACCCAGAAUCCCUCCUCCAGUCAUGUUAGCUCAGGAAUUCUGGGAGUUGGAAGUCCACGUCUUGAACUUGCUAAGUUUGAAGACCCUUGGAUUAGAUAUUUCAUGUUAAAAUAACUGUAGGGGGUAUAAAUUAUUUUCUUACUUGAGAAAAAUUUAAUGGAAAACAUAUAUAAGAGUAUACCUAUUCCUGAUCUUCCCUUGAGACUCUCCAAGGAAGAAUAAUUAAGCAGAACUACUCUACAGUUUUCUUAGUAUUAGCUCAGUGUUGUUCAUUAACAGUAUUGCUGAAUUCAAUCCUGGAAUUUAAAAAAAAUAUGAUAUAGUAUUGAUACUUUGGACGUUGAUGUUCGAUGAGACAUCUGGAAAUACGAUUAGACAAGAAAACAAAUUAAUACAGAAUUACAGAAAAAAUCUAGAGCCCUCACUUGAGGCACAAAUUACCAAAUUCAAAUUAUAUUUUAAGCAUAAGAUGGACCAUUGAGAAGUCUAUAAUGCUGGCAAAUGUUGAAGAAAAAAGAAGAGGAUAAUUGGCAGCAAAGAUGAUGGACUUGAUUACAAAAGUAAAUGGGGCAUCAUUGGAAGAUCUUAAUGUUAGGGGCAGAAAACAUCCUGGAUAAGGCCAAGGUCCAUAAAAACAUCUUAAUCUCCACUAAAUUGCAUGCUCACAUUUCAUCAGCUUUAGUGUGUGUUCAGUUAGCAUCUCCGCUCUAUCAAUUUCCUCUCUAAUAUUUAUUUACUGUUUAAUCCCUCAAAGUUGUAUUUUUUCAAAUCAAGAGAAAUGAGCCCUUCUUUAAAACUGGCUUUUCAAUCAAAUGAUCAAGUUCCAAGGCCAGUAUUAGUAGGAGAUUUUAAUGGUAGCAUAGUAGCUAAUAAUGUGCCUGUGCUCCAGCAUUUUAAUAUCCCGGACUUCUGCCUAAUUGGGUUGGUUCAUUGGAAAUCUAAAGAUAAAAAACAUUGAUAUGGGGAAUGGGUGAGAAUUGAUAUAAUUAGUAGAGUGGAAUUUGCUUCAGUUGGUAAAAUUUGCCCUGAAGGUCUUCAGGUGAUAGGGUAAAUUCACCUUUUGGGACUCCAGAGGAACUUCUGUUGUAGAAUACAUGCUGAUUUCUGAAGAUUCUGUCUGUUACUGUUCAAUUUUAGUAUUAACUUCCACCUUGAUAGUAAACACUUAUCAUUAAUAGAGUCCUUUUCCUUGACUCUAGAAAAUGAGGACAACUGCCCCUUAAUCUUGCCUCAUCUGCUUUGUUGCUCAUCUGAUAGAUACCAGCCAAUACUGUGUAGUAUAGUGUUUCUCAAAGUGAUUCUCUCAGGAGUCUGCAAAAUCAAAAUUAUGUGCCAGCUUAUGUUGAAAAACAACACACUAUUAAAAUGCCAUCAAAUGAAAAGCAGUAAGAGUAGCACUGUAUUAAUUUUUAAUACAGUAGAUGUUGAUAAAUGUAACUUGUGCAAAUAACAGCUAUUUGGGGGUUCUCUUAAGUUUUAAAAGUGGGAAGGAAUCCCGGAAAGAAAAGUAAGAAACAUUACUAAAAUGCUGCAACCUAAUUUCUUAAAUCAUAGGUCAACCAUUUAAAACAAAUCAUUGGUACAAUCAAUGAUACUUCUAACAUUUUUU